AUCUCUUUCAUAAACCGCCCAAAGUCCCAGGCACUCACAGUUUACGAGAGAUUCAUUCAUAUUCAUAUACAUAUACACAUAUGUGUGUGUGUUUGAUUAUAUAAUAAUCGCAUCAGAUCAAAGCACCAUUACUUUGAAUUUCAAACUCAAUUUGCGAGAUCGAACCGCUUGUUUUCUCUCUACUUCUCAGAUUCAUCUGGAUGAGGUUACAGACGGUUUGAUUUAAAGAUUUGAAGAUUAUCGAGUGACGAAAGCGUAAUUUGUUGCGGAUUUCAUGAUUUGAUCUGGUUUUGGACCUAUGAGGCUUCAUUAGCAAGGUUUAAGAUUCCACAAAGGUUUAAGAUUCCGAUGGGCAAGGAAGUAAACAACUGCCCAUGUGAACUUUCACCACGUAAUGCCGCCGCCGCCGCCGCCGGAGUCACCAGGCGGAGAAAACACGGGCACCCAGUGGAGGUCACCGGAACAGGAGACCAAGAAGUUGGAUGUUCCGGCAAGUCUUGCCGGUCAUGCACGGCGGCAGUGAUCGCCGAUUGUGUUGCCGUGUGCUGCUGCCCAUGCGCCGUCGUGAAUAUCUUCACCCUUACUUUCUUCAAACUCCCAUGGAUGAUGGGGAGAAAGUGUUUAGGGUUGGGUAACAAAAAGAAAAAGAAGUUAAAACACAAUGAGAAAGAGAAGGGUCAAAGUGUAAUGUCGAGGAAAGAUGAGGGACUAGAAACGAAAUCCGAAAGUUUAGUGGCUGAAGAAGAAAAAGAAGAAGAGGGUGCAAGGUUUGAAGCAGAGAAAGUUUGGUUAGAAUUGUAUAAAGUGGAUCAGUUGGGGUUUGGCAGGGUUUCCUUCACGGGAACUGAGUAACAAAAAAAAUUUGAAGAGAAAAACAAUGCAUUGUUAACUUGUACAUUACAAGUAAUGUGCAUUAUUUGAGUGGUGCAUUAUGUUACAUCAAGUUGUACGUGAUGCAUUAAAAAUUGUACAUGUGCAAUUUUUGUGAUAGAGUUUGAUUUUAGGCAAAGUGUUGUCUAGUAGGUAUUUGAGUGUAUGAUGAAUUUGGUUAAAGCAAAGGGGAGAAUGUUUCACUGUCCCACACCAUGGUUACAUUAAUUUGUACAAUUCUAACCUUCGUCAUGCUGUCUCUUCAAUUCUAUGCUACUCUUGGAAUUAA